AUGCAUCAGAACGAAAAGUCCGACCAUUCACAUCAUUCCUACUUACCGUUGCAGCGGUCGGGUUCGCACCGUGCCUUCCAGGACCCGACCCCAUACUUCCAAAGCCAGUUCAAUCCGGUAAACCAGGUUCAAGAACCAGAGGGUCCAAACCCUCUGGGGCCAGCUGAUCACUAUCCUGAGAUGCAGGAUAUGGAGAUGGACGAUGAUCCAGAUCCCAAGAUGCCACCAAGUGGGACGCCGACGCAUCCCAUCGAGAUUUUAAGCGGAUCAUCUUUUCAUGGUUUGCCUUACAGGGGUCCAGACAGUUUUGUUGAAAGAUGGGCCACAUACAACUGGGAGUUCACUCCCCCUUUCAACCCACAACAUCAGCAGCAGCAGGAUCCCUCUGAGGAUUCGCGUUUACUGGCGGUCACGCCACCGCCACCGCCACAGCAACAACAGCCUCCUGAACCACAGAGGCGAAGAAGAUCAGGUGCACGGAUGUCCGUGCAUGGGGGUUUCCACUUCAGCACCCCCCAACACUCAAGCAACAGCCAUUACCCGCCGUUGUACAAAGACCCGCAAAUGGCGGCGUAUAACUCGUUUGAGCAGCCAGCUUACUCGGGUUACAACUACUACAAUGCCCCUAGUGUUGACCCGUACCUCGAGGCAGCCAACUACAAUACUCUUCAUCCUGAAGGACCCUUUCAGGCUGCAUACCCAACUGGGUACCCAGUAUAUGGGUAUCAAUACCCAACACCUCCUCAACCUCCGCAACAGCAGCCGCCACAGAUUUAA